AUGGCCGAUCCUGUGCACGACGGCUGCGUCCAGGCCGACGGGACGAGGCUGGUCCUCAAGAACGGCUUUCUGGAGGUAGUGGACUUCGAGCCCGGGCUCCGCCGCAGCAAGAGCGAGAGCAGCAUCAGGAGUUCCUGCAGGAGCUCCUGCAACGGGAGCCUCGCGCCCGUGGAUGCGGCCAAGGACAGCGCAGCGGGGAGGCCGCCUACGUGCGCGGACGACGGCCAAGUGUGGAGCGCCACCGCCAGCGUCCACAGCCACGAGUCCUUCUCGGAGCAUCAUUCGGUCACAUCUGACAGCAACAGCCAUUACCCCCCGUGGGGGGAGCUUGACGACGGCAGCCAGUGCAAGAGCAGCGGGUACGGAUUCAGCGACGGCAGCCAGUACGAGAGCAGCGGGUUCUCCUCCCACGCGUCGGUCAGCUCCCAUUCCGAGAGCUACAAUCUUCGGCGUGUGGAGGAGAGCGAGGACCUUGAGCCGCAGGAUGCCGAAUUGCUGAAGGCCAACGAGGCUCAGCACGCCGCUGGGACUUGCAAACCGUGUCUCUACCACAGGACGAAGGCCGGCUGCGCGAACGGCCGUGCGUGCAUGUUCUGCCACCAGCCGCACGCGACCAAGCGCCGGGCGCGGCCGAGCAAGGCCGAGAGGAUGCACUGCAAGCAGCUGGUCGCGGCGCUGGACGGCCAGAGCGACGGCGUGGGGCUGCUCGACGAGAGCAACCCGAGCCAGUACAUGCUCAGCAUCCUAAGGGCCCGGGAGCGGCAGCAGGGCGCGCCGCAGGCGGAGCCGAGCGCGGGCUCGGCGCGGGCCGCGCCAGGCGAGAGGCCGAGGCGCCGCGCGAGCUGA